UUUGCAUACGGCGGUUGCGUUUUUUUUUAAUCCGGACGGACAGUUGGAUAAAUUCAUUAAAAAUGACUAAAGUCCUUGUGUUGCUAGUUGUGGUUUUUAGUAUAUGUGGGACCAUGGCGGCACAGUAUCGGAUAAUCAAAGUAUCUGGAGGACGACCUAUUCCGAUGAAGAAAGCAAUCGAAAAGUCGGACGCUCCUGCAGGAAGAAUGUUUCUCAGUGUUGACACGCUUCAGGCUCUGCUAGACCUUAAAAGAGGAACAACAACUACCACAAUGGCUCCUACCCUAGUGGGAUCGAUAACAGGAACCAUAACCGGAACUAAUACUCCUGGAACUACUGCGACCGCCACAACCACCGGCACAGGUACUGGCACUGGUACUGGUACGGGAACCGCGACUGGUACUGGAACAGGCACUGGUACAACCGGAACCUCACCAACAGGGACGGGUACGGGAACUGGUACAGGAACCAAUACGGGAACUGGUACAGGAACCAAUACGGGAGCUGGUACUGGAACUAAUACGGGAACUGGCGCUGGAACUGGUGCAGGAACCAAUACGGGAACUGGCACAGGAGGUACAGGAGGCACAGGAACAGGAACCGGAGGAGGGGCGGCAGGUAGACGACGCAGACGUAAGGUUAUCAGACGCAAAGUAGUCCAGAGAAGGAAAAAUAAUAAUAAUCGUAGAAAGAAUAAGCGUUCGAAAAAUCGCAAGAUCCGUAGACACUAUUGAAAUUCAACGAGCUGAAAAUAGUUUCACCUUUUG